GAUGACCCGGCGUCGCUGCUCGUGCAAGGCGGCUGGAAUGGUGCCAAUUGGCUGUCCGACCUGUGGAGCUACGAAGUGCCUUAUAAGGAGUGGCAGCAGUUGAACAUCAGCCCUGCGCCGAUGGCUCGCUCGCAGCACGUGGCGGUUUGGGAUAAGGCUGGCCAGAGGGUCUGGCUGCAUGGUGACGUUUGCCGGAGGGCCCCACAGCGAGAUCGGGCCAUGCAGUGGCCUGGGAUGAUGUGGCUACCGCGCUGGACAUUGUGCAAUCCGGGCCAUCCGCACGCUGGUCUCAUGUUGCUGCCGUACAUCUACGCCGGCUACAACGGAACAUCCAGCACCAACAUCGAGCAAUACGAGUGCCACGACCCGUACUUCCACUUCAAGCACCAGUGCUACCUCAAGCAGCAGCUCUGGCACUGCAGCAUCCAGCACAGCCACCACCACGAGUUGCACGUCAACAUCAACCACAUCUCGCACAGGCAGCAGCACUUCAGGUACGCAGACAACCUGGACCGACACUUCCAGCAUAGACACUUCGUCACUGUGACCACUACUACUGCCACGGGCGGAUGGGUGGCAGUGGCUUAUCCACAGGUUCCAGACUGGGUCUUAUGGAUUUUUGCAAUCUUCGUGGCAGUUUUGGUGCUGCCCGUCUGCAUCGUCAGUUUCCGGUACCACUUGUACCGGGAAGUUGUCGUGCCAGUCACGAUCCAAGAGCGCUUGCCGUCCAAAGCGCCUCAGCCAGUCGAUCCCCCACGGCUAUGCGUGUGGUCUUGGGUGCUGCUGACGUAA